UAUGUGCGUUUGCGCGCCUGCGGCUCUGCGGCGCGAACUCUCUUGAGUUGCAGUCGCCUUGCUCCUCCCGUUCGCUGCAGGUCGCCGGCGCCCCGACCCCGAGGCCCAGGACGGCAGGGAGGCAAGCUCUGCUCUCAGCGCUCAACGAAGCUGGUGGUCUGAGUCGACCGCGUGUGACUGCCCUUGGCCCCCCCCAGCCAUCAGCCUGGGAGGUGCAUCUCUGGGACGCAGGGAGCAAGGUGUUUGUGGAGGGGAGAGACGCUAGGGCACCUCCUCUUCGCGACCAGUCCAGCUCUGUGUUGGAUGCCGUAGAGGGGUACACCGUGGCUCUCGGAGGUUGGCAGGGGACUCGUUAGUCAUUCUGUAAGUGGCAGAACUACAUUGGAGACCCGGGUGUGCUCCUCCACACCCCCCAUACCUUGUCCAGGAGCAGAUAAAGUAUUUUCCAGCUUGGUGGUGAGUUGGGCUGGGCCAGCAAACCACCAGAAAGUGAGAAUACAGAGAAACAAGGCUAAAAUACGGUGGGGGGGGGGGGGCGGGUGAGGAAGGGGGAGACCUACCGCUCAAUAUCAAUUACAGACCCUAUCAGGGAAAGCUGUGUGGGUCACUCCUGCGACUCGGGCAGUGAGAAACCGCCAUCACCCUGAACUCUUGCUUUUGUCCGGUGGACGUUGGUUCAAAAAAAUCUCUCCCGGUUUUUUCUUUCCACAAAAUAAAGUUUUCCUUUGUUUGUUGGCUUUGGUUGUGGUUUUAGCAUAGCUUGCAUGUCUUGAAUUGCAAUUCUCUGCGAUUUCUAAAGAAUUUCCCUUUGCUAGUAAAAUAACUGAUUUUUAUUUUUGAGGUUGAUAGCAUCAGAGUGUAAGAUCGCCAGCUCAAAGGCUUGCAGUGGCCCCCUAUUGUUCUCAGGAGGGGGAUAGGGUCUUUAGGAUUUGAUGAGCUCAACACUCUGGUAGUGAACCUACAGUUCUCUGGUAAUGUGCCUCGGGUGUGGGAACAUCCUGGUUUUCCAGGUUGAGAUUGGUCUCCACAUGUCUUUCCUCCUAGGCCUGCCCAAAUAGAGCCUCCCUGUUCUGGAACACCCUUCCACAUACUAGGCCCCCCGUUACUGUGGUACCACAGGUUGUAUGGGAAUUUGGUCCUGACAUCCCUCAUCUGUAUUCUGGAGCUAGAUGUCUUAGAUCCUAAGAGACCUGCUGGUGGGUCAGUGGGAAAAGUCCUGGGCUCUUGGACAUCUGGCCUGAGCAGCACUAUUUGAGGAAGGGUAGGGGAACGAUUCCUACUUUCCUGCCGAAGCCUUAGCUUUGGGAAAACAGCACCCAGAAGUUUGGUUCCCGGCCUGGUGCUGCCUGGGGAUCAGGCAGAGGCUCCAGACACCUGCCCUGGUCCACACUGCCUACCUCUCAAUUAUAAGCAAGGGCUAGAUGGUACAGAAUACCUACCAGUGGGCCCUGGACCAAGGCUGUGAUUGGCCUGAGCUGGACAAUGCCACUGUGAUGUCGGCCCACUCCUGCUGUGAAAUGGAGGCUCCUGAUGCCUGGGGGUCAGUGGAGCUGCCGUCCAGACACAGAUCAUGAGUGGCGGAUAUGAUCUCAACCUCUUCGCCAGCCCUCCCGACUGCAGCUUCCUGUGCUCCGUAUGCCACGGGGUUCUCAAGAGGCCAGUGAGGCUGCCAUGCAGCCACAUCUUCUGCAAGAAAUGCAUCCUCCGGUGGCUAGCCAGACAAAAGACCUGUCCGUGCUGCAGGAAAGAAGUGAAACGGAAAAAGAUGGUCCAUGUAAAUAAACUCAGGAGGACCAUUGGCCGCUUGGAAGUCAAGUGCAAGAACGCAGAAGCUGGCUGCUUAGUGACGUGCCCCCUGGCCCAUCGCAGGGGGCACCACGACUCCUGCCCUUUUGAGCUGAUGGCUUGUCCCAACGAGGGCUGCCCGGCACGGGUGCUGCGUGGGGCCCUGGCUGAGCACCGGCAGCACUGCCAGCAUGGGGCCCAGCAGCACUGCCCACUGGGCUGUGGGGCCACCCUGGGCCCGGUGGAGCGUGCCCACCACAACUGCUACCAGGAGCUGCGUGAGGCCUGGGGCCAGCGGCAGGAGCGCAGCCGGAGCCUGGUGCUGGGCCUCCUGCGGCGCGUGCGCAAGGUGCACCACGCCACCAACUUCAUCCGCAGGCAGCUGGCCCAGCUCCGGGACUUCCUGCGGGAGGACGACGCGCUGAUCCUGGGCACCCCGCAAGAGGAGACUGAGGCCACCCCAGAAGGCAGCACUGGGGCCGAGGUGUGGGGAGCCCCGGGCCUAGGUACCUUGUAAUUAGAGACGUAAAUAAACGCGGAGCCCAGGCCUGCCCCCCCCCC